GGCUACUACGCUCUGUUCUCAUUAGUCAAAGCCAAAGGAAGUCCUCUUCCUCGAGCAUCUCCCCUGAGGAAGACUCAACUAUCUCUUAGAGGCUAAAAAGAGUUGGUAAGUCUUGCUUCAAAUGUCCAUUUUCUUCUUAAGGAGCAAGUUCCAGGGGGCAGGAAGGGAAGAAGGGGAAGAUUUGUGCCCAAAUGAAAAUCGUUUGUUGGAACUUAAGUUGGUUGAGAUGCUCGCAAAAGGGGCUUAAAAUCAAGGAUGUUUGCAAAAGGUCGAAGCCUCAAGUGGUAUGUUUUCAGGAAACCAAAUUGCAGGUUAUCGACAUGCCAAUCAUGGAUUCUUUAUGGGGGAGUUUCUUCAAAAGACUGGUUGAUUAUCGAGUCCACAGGGUCUGUUGGUGGUAUUCUGAUUGUGUGGGACACUAAUUUUUGGACUAAGAAUCCUCAUGGGUGGUUCCUUUUCUCUGUCAGUGGUUCUUUCUGAUGUUUCCUCCAGUUUCAAGUGGUGUAUUACCUUAGUUUAUGGGGUCGAAUCUUGCGGUGAGAAGGUAUGAGUUCUCAGCAAAGCUUGAUAGGAUGUGGGGUAUGUUCGAUUGUCUGUAGUGUAUUGGAGGGGAUUUCAACGUGACCAGAUUCUCAUUCAAGAAGUCAAGCAAUGGAAGAAUUAUUCAUAGCAUGGAGUUCUCAGCUUGGGUUGGCAGACAUAGUCUGGUGGAUGUUCUUGAUGUCUAAUGGGAAAUCUUCCUGGUCUAACUGGCAAGUUUCUCCAGUCAUUUCUAGGUUGGACAGGUUUUGCUUUCUGUGGAGUGGGUGGAGAAAUUCCCUUUGGCCACUUUGAGUGGGUUGCCUAAUCCCGCCUCUAACCAUUGGCCCAUUUUGCUAGAAACUAAGGCAGAAAGUUGGGGGGCCUAAAACUUUCUAUUUCAAACUAUCGUGGUUGGAAGUUGAAUGUUUCACCGUUUGCCUUAAAGAUUGGUGGAAGUCCUUCGAUGUUGAGGGCUACAUAGGGUUCCAUUUCUAUCAGAAGUUGAAGCUUUUGAAAAAGAAAACUCUUGUCAUGGAAAAAGGAAUUUUUAGGGAAGCGUGAGUAGGAAGGAAAUGGAUUAUUUGCUUAGGGGAAUUCAUGCCCUAGAUCUUAAGGCAGAAAAUGAGGUCAUGUUAGAGGAUGAGAGGGCCAGUAGAAUUAGAUUGGUUCAAGACAACUCAAGUCAUCUGAAGGAAGAAAUAAAAUGGAAGCGGUGUUCGAGGGCCACCGGGUUAAAUGCGGGUGACAAAAAAACCAAGUUUUCCCACUGCAUUGCCAGUGUGUGGCUGAGAUGCAACAAGAUAGGCAAUAUUAUUGUGGACGGCAAAAUAAUAGAUGAAAGAGUUCAGGUGUGCAACACAGUGGUUGACUUCUAUAAAUCUCUUCUUAUGGAUGAGAGAUCGGAUAGACCUGCAGUGGAUAAUUUGGAGAUUGGUAGCCUUUACGAUGUUGACACGGAUUCGUUCAAGAGGCUGUUUUUGGAAGAAGUAAAGACCACGGUUGAUUUUUUAGGGCAGGGAUAAAGCUCUUGGCCACGAUGGCUUCCCAUUAGCCUUUUAUCAGGGAUUUUGGGAGGUAAUUAAAGAGGAUGUCAUGAGCUUCAUGGUUGAAUUUUACAAUAGAGGUCACUUGUCGAAGGAGUUAGGCGCAUCCUUUAUUGCCAUUAUCCUAAGAUUAUAGGAGCAAAACGCUUGAAAGACUUUAGUCCGAUAAGCUUUAUUGGUGGGUCGUAUAAGAUCUUAGCAAAAUCGUUAGCUUCAAGAUUCCGAGCGGUCUUGGCAACAACCAUUUCCAAGAAUUGAGGGGCAUUCAUCAAAGGAAGACAUUAUGGAUAUUGUUAUUAUUGCGCAUGAAUGUGUUGGUUCUCGACAUAGGGAUGAAGGUGGCAGUAUUGUGUGUAGGCUAAACUUGGAAAAAGCGUACGAUCACCUGGACUAGACAUUUUUGGACUAUAUGCUCAGGUGCAUGGGAUGUGGGCCAAAGUGGAGAGGUUGAAUCAAAGAACGCGUUAGUUCUCCUUCCUUCUCUAUUUUGGGGAACGGUUCCCUGAAAGGCUUCUUCAAGCUAUCACGUGGAAUUAGGCAAGGAGACCCUCUUUCCUCCUACUUGUUUGCAGUGAUGGUUGAAGCUUUGGGUAGGAUGUUGGCGAAGGUCAAGAAGUUGGCCUCUUCAAAGGGUUUAGCAUGGAUAGGGUGAAUCCUCCCAUUUCUCACUUGCAGCUCACUGAUAAUACUCUUCUAUUUUGCAAAGUGGAAGAAAGGAUGGUAGAAAAUUUGAGGAUGCUAAAAAAAUUGGAAGUGUGUGUGUCUAAAAAGGAGGUCGCCCACUUGGCUAGGGUCUUUGGGUGUUGAGUGGGAACCUUCCCUUCAACAUACCUUGGGCUUUAGUUUUGCAUUGGGAAACCGACAAAGCACUUAUGGAAUGCAGUUGUUGAGCAAUUUGAAAGGAAGAGUCAAUAUUUAUCUUUGGGCGGUCAAAUAAUGGUUAUCGAGUCAGGUUUUUUUUUUUUUUUGAAAGAUAACAAAAGUAUAUUAUAAACAAGCACCAAAAAAGGCAAUGAACUAUACAAAGAAAGGGCUUGCAACCACCCAAGCUAAUUACAUAAUGUAAGAAUAAUCAAUCCCCCCCCACCCCCCACCAAAAAAAAAAAAAAAACACGAGGCCCAUUCAACCACAAGGCCCCUUGCUUUCGACACAACCCAUCCCAUAGAGUGGCUCGAGUUCCUAAAACAUUUACUGUUCCUUUCUUCACAAAUAACCCAAAGCCCCGCCAAAAGACACAGGUUCCAAGGGAUUUUCAAUUCCUCUUUGAGAUCCACCCCAUGCCAAGACAAAAUGGAUAAAUCAAUGGAGAUCAGGCAGGCCCAAGUAACCUGGAACAUGGAUAGGAUACUAUUCCACAAAAGGCAAGCUACCCAGCAAUGCAGAAAGAGAUGCCUUAUUGAUUCGGCAUUUUCCAUACACAUCAAACAUACAUUUGGGAGAACUAUUCCCCGCUUCUUGAGGCUAUCAACUGUCAAAACUUUGCCGCGACCAACAAGCCACGCAAAUGCCGCAACUCUCGGGGGAGCUCCAUAGAAACAAAUAAACUUAGUAGCAGCCACGAGCUUGGAGUAUCUUGUAGAAAGAUAAGGAGAGACAAUUCCUCUUAUCAAGUCAGUUUUAUCUAACUUGUCCUUGUAUUUCAUGUCCCUUUUUCGGUAUUCUAUUUGACUAUUUUUGUUCCGGCUAGAAUAGAGAAGAUAAGGAGAGGCUUUCUGUGGCAAGGGUUGGAGGAUAGGAAGAAAUUUCAGUUGUUGGGAUGGGUGAUGUGAAUUCACAUCUCAUAUGCGGUACUAUGGGCCCCCCCCUAAAGUUGCAGCCUUCGGUGGGUUGGUCCGAGAAAGAGAGCUCUGAUCAUAAAUAACCUUCAAGAAAGAACUAUGAUUCUUCCCAAUGUCUAUGCAAUGUGCAUGAAGGAUGCAGAGUCAAUCAACCAUCUCUUCAUUCAUUGUACAUUUAUUUCGGAGUUGUGGAGCAAGCUUAUUAACUCUUUCAGAUUGUCUUGGGUUAUGCCAGACUUUUUUGAGGCCUUCCUCUCAGGUUGGCAUGGUGUGAAUAUCGGGAAACAGAAGGCUAUUUGGAGACUGACUAUCCUGGCUACCUGGUGGGCAAUUUGGGUUGAGAGAAACGGGAGAUGCUUUCAAAAUGUCUCCAGUAGAGGGGAGGCAUGCUAUUUAGGCUCGUUAAGGUCUACCUCUUGAAUGAUGGGAAAUGGGAUGACAAGGGAACUGGUCGUGCUACUGUUGAUUAUUUGGCGAGAUCAGAAGAUCUUGCUUUGUUUGUUAUUGAUGAAGAAGAUAGCGAAAUGCUACUCCUGCACCGUAUCUCUUCGGAUGAUAUCUAUCAAAGGCAAGAAGACAAAAUCAUUUCUUGGCAAGAUCCUGAAUUGUCUACUGAAUUAGCUCUUAGUUUUCAAGAGGUUACAGGUUGCUCUUAUAUUUGGGAUCACUUCCGCUCUGUGCAGAGGAACCAGCAGUAUAGAGCUCUUAAUAAUCUGGAGAAUGGUCGAUGUCCAGCAUCAGAGACUCCAGAGACAUCGAUGGCGUCACAGACUCGUAGUAACUCUCCUCCAAGCUUGGGUCUCCAGUAAACUACACCUAUCUGUUGACCUUCCACAGAACCAAAAAGGGUAAUGAUGUACUGCAAAGCUAAUAAUGUGCAUGUGGAUAGCUUGAGAACUCUUCUACCUGAUUCAAGGCUGUUGAACCUGAAUCUCGUUAAUUCAACCUUUGUUGCUUUCAAGGCUGUUGAACUUGAAUAUCGUUCGUCUAAAUAAUGUAAUUUUGCUUGACUCCGAAAAUUAGUCACAACAGGUCAGUAUUUGUUGUUCUUGAUUUUGUUGAGCACCUAAAUAUGUCAACUGAUGUAGCCCACUCCCAUAUUGAAUUUGAUAGUUUUGCUUGUUUUUUGGAAAUUGUUUCUGUGAUGAAUGUUACAACAAUUCGCAGGUGAAGAAUUCUAUAUAUCACUGUCACCAUAGGCAGGUGGAAAUAUUUUUGUUUAGUAAAAGAGGAAAACUUUUGA